GCAGCCCGAACAUGGCCACCACGGCAACGUGCACCCGCUUCACCGACGAGUACCAGCUCUACGAGGAGCUUGGCAAGGGAGCCUUCUCUGUGGUCCGCAGAUGUGUAAAGAAAAGCUCAUCACAGGAAUAUGCUGCAAAAAUAAUCAACACCAAAAAACUGUCAGCCAGAGAUCACCAGAAACUGGAACGUGAAGCUCGAAUCUGCCGACUUCUCAAACAUCCAAAUAUCGUGCGGCUCCAUGACAGUAUUUCAGAAGAAGGUUUCCAUUAUCUCGUCUUUGAUCUGGUUACUGGUGGGGAGCUCUUUGAGGAUAUUGUUGCCAGAGAAUACUACAGUGAAGCAGAUGCCAGCCACUGUAUUCAUCAGAUACUGGAGAGUGUGAAUCACAUUCACCAGCAUGAUAUCGUGCACAGGGACUUGAAGCCUGAGAAUUUACUACUGGCAAGUAAAUGUAAGGGUGCUGCUGUCAAACUGGCUGACUUUGGAUUGGCUAUAGAAGUCCAGGGAGAGCAACAGGCCUGGUUUGGGUUUGCUGGCACUCCAGGCUACCUCUCCCCUGAAGUCUUAAGAAAAGAUCCUUAUGGAAAACCAGUGGAUAUAUGGGCAUGUGGAGUGAUUCUGUACAUAUUACUAGUGGGGUACCCUCCCUUUUGGGAUGAAGAUCAGCACAAACUCUAUCAGCAGAUCAAAGCCGGAGCCUAUGACUUCCCUUCACCUGAGUGGGACACUGUGACUCCUGAAGCAAAGAAUUUGAUCAACCAGAUGCUGACAAUAAACCCAGCAAAGCGCAUCACAGCUGACCAAGCUCUCAAACAUCCAUGGGUCUGCCAACGAUCCACUGUUGCUUCGAUGAUGCACAGGCAGGAGACUGUGGAAUGCUUGAGAAAGUUCAAUGCUAGAAGGAAGCUAAAGGGUGCAAUCCUCACAACAAUGCUUGUGUCUCGGAAUUUUUCAGCUGCUAAAAGCCUGCUGAACAAGAAGUCAGAUGGCGUGAAGCCACAGAGCAACAACAAAACCAGUAUAGUAAGCACUGCAAAAGAAACACCCCCAGUGCAGACGUCCAUGGAGCCUCAAACAACUGUUGUCCAUAAUGCUACAGAUGGCAUAAAGGGUUCCACAGAGAGCUGUAACACCACGACUGAAGAUGAGGAUCUGAAAGCUCCCCCUCUCUCCACCGGGGACGGCAGCUCAGUGCUUGAAGGACGGAGGCACAGUGAGAGCAAAACACAGACUGAGUCCAUGCAGUCCCAGCUUUCUCUCUGUUUCUCAGCCAUGCGUAAGCAAGAGAUCAUUAAGAUAACAGAGCAGCUGAUAGAAGCCAUCAAUAAUGGAGACUUUGAGGCUUAUACAAAAAUCUGUGAUCCUGGCUUGACCUCAUUUGAACCUGAAGCACUGGGGAACCUGGUUGAAGGAAUGGAUUUCCAUAAGUUUUACUUUGAGAACUUACUGUCGAAGAACAGCAAGCCAAUACACACCACCAUCCUGAACCCCCACGUCCAUGUCAUCGGUGAAGAUGCUGCCUGCAUCGCCUAUAUCCGCCUGACACAGUACAUUGAUGGCCAGGGCCGGCCCCGCACCACGCAGUCUGAGGAGACCCGUGUUUGGCACCGCCGAGAUGGCAAGUGGCUGAACGUCCACUACCACUGCUCUGGAGCUCCUGCAGCACCUCUCCAGUGA